AUGCCUUUCACCACCGAACUCACCCGGAAACUAGGGAUCAGAAUUCCCGUCGUCCAGGGUGGUAUGCAAUGGGUUGGAUACGCUGAGCUAGCAUCUGCCGUCAGUAAUGCUGGUGGACUUGGAAUCCUUACUGCCCUGACACAACCUACUCCCGAAGAUCUGCGGAAGGAAAUCCGAAAGACCAGGACCAUGACCAAGAACCCGUUUGGUGUCAACCUCACUUUCCUGCCCGCCCUUACACCGCCCGACUAUCCCGCCUACGCCAAAGUCAUUAUUGAAGAAGGCGUGCGCAUCGUUGAAACCGCAGGAAACAACCCUGGCCCUAUCAUCACACAGCUCAAGAAGGCCGGGUGCACCGUACUCCAUAAGUGUACUACAAUCAGACACGCCAAGUCGGCUGUCAAGCUAGGCGUUGAUUUCCUCUCUAUCGAUGGUUUUGAAUGCGCCGGACACGUUGGAGAGACCGAUAUCACAAAUUUUAUCCUUUUAAGCCGUGCUAGACAGGAUCUAGGCGUGCCAUUCAUUGCGUCGGGCGGAUUUGCGGACGGGAACGGUUUAGCUGCUGCUCUGGCUCUGGGCGCCUGCGGGAUUAACAUGGGAACACGAUUCAUGUGCACUGUUGAAGCACCUAUCCAUAUUAAUGUUAAGGAGGCCAUUGUGAAGGCAGACGAGACGGAUACGCAACUGCUUCUUCGUCGGUGGAGAAAUACAUCCCGUCUAUUCAACAACAAGGUUGCCGCGGAGGCAUAUAAGAUUGAACAGGAGAGCCAGACAGGUGAAUUCACCGAGCUUGCGCAUCUUGUCAGUGGGAAACGCGGGCGUGAAGUCUUUAUUAACGGUGACGUUGAUUAUGGAGUCUGGACUGCAGGACAAGUCAUUGGUCUUAUCCAUGACAUCCCAACCUGUGCCGAGCUUCUCACCCGGAUCGAGAAGGAGGCUGCUGAAGUCAUGGCAACGACCAACAAGCUCUAUACACCCUCCGCCCAGAGCAAGCUGUAG